AUGCUAUUGUUUUUAUCAAACACAUGGUCCUGUAUUAAAUAUUACAAUGAUAGUAAAAAAGUAAAAUUCUUUCUUCUGUUACUAAUCAUAACUUACUUAAUUUUAUUAACAUUAUUUACAAAUUAUGUUCAUUUAAUUUUAGUUGCUAUUAUUGAAUCAGUUUUAGUUAACACUCUACUUAACACAGUUUGGAAUUUUAAGGAUUUAUUUGAUAAUGAUGAUCUUUUUAAUAAUAUUAAAUUUAAAGAAACAUUAAAAAUUUUAAGAAAUUAUAGUCAUUUAAAACUUUUUACGCAUUCAUUUAUGCUAUCAGUAGUUAUUUACUUCGAAAUGAUAUUUUUUAUUGAUUCAAUCAUAUUUUUAAUCAGAAAAAUAAAAAAAUAA